AUGGACUUCGAGGACCCUCAGCAGCUCCUUAUCGCAAACAAGCUGGCAAGGAAGGCGUAUCUAGACAGCGUCCUGACAGUCUCGAUCUCAGCGACGCAAGCCGCAACGACAAAAGACCGCCCUGUCACAGGCCCCAUCUGGGUCAGCAAGUUUGCCUUGCCCAAAGUGAAAGAGAACAACUCACAAGACUUGGUCCUCAAUCUCGUCGACGAGGCAAACGACGGCAAUGUUCCAUACCAGCGACCAGAGGCGGAGGCGCUUCGCUUCGAGUGGGUAGGGCAUCGUGCCAACGUGGCCAAGGAUGCGCCAGAGCCAUCGAUGAGCGAGCUGGACAAGUUUGACAGGCUGGACGACGAGACUACGAGUCCACUCACUGUGCUGUAUAUUUUUGGCGGACUAGGCUCAUUCAACUCCCCUCCUGGGUAUCGUAGGCUGGUAGGCCAGCUAGCUCAGAAGACUGGCGCCAAGGUCUUGAUGGUCCAUCAGCGUCUUGCGCCGCAGAACCCCUUCCCAGCGGCCCUACUCGAUGUGUUCCAAGCGUAUCUGACGCUUCUGGCGCCGCCUUUCAAAGCGCCGCACGGCCCAGUGCCGGCGUCCUCCAUCGUCAUCGCCGCAGACAGCUCCGGCGCCGCUCUCGCUCUGUCACUUCUUCAAGUCAUCCUCCGGCUGAACCGGCGGAACACGACGGCAAACUUCCACGGCCAGGAAGUUCAGGUUGAGAUUCCCGCGGGUAUAACUCUGCUCAGCCCGUGGGGGGACCUGAGCAACUCGCUGCCCUCGCACGACAGAAACCCACUCAACGACAUUUACCAGUUCCCGCCCGUCGAAGACCUUCCCUACCUCAGGAAGGAAUUCCCAACCUGCGCAGCAUGGCCGGCCAACCCUCCCCGCGUGAAUCUCUACUGCCACCACGAGAUGUUUAUCCACCCGCUGGUGAGCCCGGCGGCGGCAGAGGACUGGUCCGGGUCCUGCCCAAUGUGGAUAGCGUCCGGCGAGGAGCAGUGCAUCGACGCGGCUGCGUUCCUGGCCCAGAGAGUACACAGCCAAGGCGUGUCGGUCACCUUUUACGAAUACCAGGGGAUGCCGCACACGUUCCCGUUGAUCUUUCGCCAGGCGCCACAGACGCGCAAGUGUUUGGAUGAUUGGGCCAAGGCGAUUGUCUCUUUCGGCAAGCAGGAGAAGCCGCGGUCUAGCGCAUUCUUCGUCCAUGCCAAGGGGGUGAGGGCGGAGCCAAGAGACAUUACGAAUCUCUCGCCGUUCACGCGAGAGGAGGUGCUGGACACGAUGAGGAAGAAGAUUCUCAUGUACAAGGUUCCCGCUUGGCACUGCAGGGAACAGGCAUCACUGUAA